GGAGCUAGGGUGAAGGCGGGGACCGGGUGGUGGUUCCACUCUCCCGGACCUCCGCCCGCACAGGCUUGACUGGACGCCGGCGCUGUUCCGCCAGAGAAGGCUGGGCCUGUCGGGGUGACCCCUGGCUCCCGCGGCCUCUCCUUCGGCCAUGCCUCCUGGUCGGUUGGCGACGCUGUGGCCGGGGAGCCAGAGGCUAAGCCACCUCCUGCCGCUCCCUGUCACUACCCUGCUGAUUGCCCGUGGGUUUCUGGGCCCUUCGUGGGGCUCCUGGUUGGUGUCGUUUAUUCAACCACUGACUCGGCUUAUAAAUAUCGGUCGCUGAGCUAGGCGCUGGAUGAAAGUAGACAGCUCGGUCCCUGUCUUCAUUUAGUGUUGUUUUUUGGGUUUCUAUUAUUGACUUGUGUAUGUGCCUAUGUGAGCUUAUUGCAACAGGAGUUUGUAGAGACCAGAAAGGGGAGUAGAGGAUCCCCUGAAACUGGAAGUUUUGAGCUGCCAUAUGGGCGCUGGGAAUCUAGGCCCUCAGAUCAAUGAUGAUGUUUGGAAAAAUUUCGAGACAGCUCUGCAGCUUAAAGAAAAUCCCAUGGUCAUGUGACUCCAGAUACUUCUGGGAAUGGUUGAAUACAGUGUUUAAUAAAGUAGAUUAUGAACGCCUCAGGGAUGUUGGCCCUGACAGGGCAGCAUCUGAGUGGCUACUUCGGUGUGGAGCCAAAGUACGCUACUGUGGCCACCAGAAGUGGCUACACGACUAUAACACACUCCCAGGAAGCUCUAUAGACAGAUAUAAGAUUCAAGCAAUUGAUGCCACCGAUUCUUGUAUCAUGGACAUUGGCUUGGAUCACAUGGUGGGCCUAGAGCAUGUUGAAAAAAUAACACUAUGCAAGUGUCAUUAUAUUGAAGAUAACUGUUUGCAGAGGCUUAGUCAACUUGAAAAUUUACAAAAAAGCCUAUUGGAACUGGAAAUAAUUGCCUGUGGGAAUGUCACAGACAACGGCAUCAUUGCUCUGCGACAUUUCAGGAACCUCAAGUAUUUGUUCUUAUGUGAUCUUCCUGGAGUAAAAGAUAAAGAAUACCUUGCCCAAGUCUUAAAGACAGCACUGCCUUCUCUGGAUCUAAAAUUAAACCUGAAGUAAAAUAAGUGUCUGGUUUCACUAGUAAGGAUCAUUUGAAAUUGCUGAUACUAGAUAGCUACAAAUAUUACAUAGUCACCAAUAGAACUGUGAAAAUGAUUCAGAAAUGGAGAAUGGAUGUCAGGAAGAGAAUAACUCAUCAAAAGUGACUCACUAAAGUUACUUAGUUAAAAGUGAGAAAUUAUGUACAUUGAAUCAUUUUUUAAAAAUACAACAUAGCAUUUUAAUUCUAAUGUAUUUCUCAUUGAUAUAUAUAUAUAUGUUGGUGUAGUGUUCUUUAAACUGCAAUGCAAAUAUUCUUCCUUACAAUAAUUUACACCAUGUUGAAGCAUGUUACUGUAAACCUACAGUUAUGAAACUUGAAAGCUCAGGUGCUGAUUCACUGCUGGAGUCCACUGUACAGAGCUGUCGUGGCGUUGAGAGCAGCGAGCUGGAUGGCUUCCCAGGAUUUGCAUGCUUGCCCAAGCUCCUGCAUUGCUGCAUUCCUAGUCAUACAUACUUUUAAAAAUACCUUUUCUCAGAAACAGGGUUGCUGGCUACUCUGUCCUACUUUAAAGCCGGGUCUGCUUCCUGCUGGUUAAAACAGAAUGCAAUACUUACCUACACCCAACUAGUUUUGCUGGUAAAACAAACAGAGGAAACAGGCUACCCUACUCCCCAUCUGCUUCAAACAAGAAUGUGUGUUUGUUAGAUGCUAAUUUUGCUAUCUCUCAAAUACCUUUGAAUUCUACCUUCUAUGAACUCAAGGCAUAUAAAAAUAUAAAUACAAAAUGAAUUUUAUAUCUAGAAAACACUAAUAAAGAAUGCCAUAAGUAA